AUGAGGAUUGCCAAAACUCUCCUCCCGUUGGCGCUGGUGGCCAACGCAGCUGUUGCGAGCUCGUGGUUCUCCAAUGCCGCAUACAACAAGUGGCACGAGACGGAGCUUGAGCGAUGGCUUUCCGACCACGACGUCCCCUACCCAACCCCGGCCGACCGCAAAGACCUCGAGCAGCUCGUGCAGAAAAACUGGGAUGCGAACGUUGUAGAGCCCUACAAUAAGUGGGAUACCGCGAAGCUCACCGACUACCUAAAGGUCAAGGGCGUCGAAACCAAGGAGUCAGCCGAGGAGACCCGGGAGUCCCUCCUUGCGCGCGUCAAGAGCUCUUGGUACGAAUCAGAGGAAAAGACACAGAAUGCCUACGCCAAUGUCAAGGACAGGAUUCUCGAUACUUGGACCGACAGCCAGCUCAAGGCCUUUUGCGACCGUCAUGGUAUCCCUGUUCCUCAGCCUCGCAAGCGAGACACGCUCCUCCAGAAGGUCCGUGAGAACUACGAGGCCGUCGCCCAGAAAGCCGGAGAGGCAGCCGCUUACCCAAGAAACUGGUUGUAUGAGACCUGGACAGGUUAUCUGGAUGCUCGUGGGGUGCCUGUCCCCCAGGGCUCAAAGACCGACGAGCUGCGCGCUUUGGUCCGCAAGCACUCCCAUAAGGCCGCCUCAGGCUGGACUGCCUGGACCUGGGACGACCUGAGCCUAGACAACAUCCGCGGCUACAUUGCCUCGAGCGGUAACGCUGCGGCUAAGAAGGUCUCGGACAAGACGAGUGCGACGCGCGACGAACUGGUCGACGCCGCGCAGUCCGCCUACCUCUCGGCAUCCUCUGCCGGCGGCGGCUCUUACGCCUCGGCUACCAGCUUCCUCACCAAGGCAACCGACACCACCAAGGCCGGACUAUUUGACACAUGGAGCGAGAGCGAGCUGAAAGCGUACCUAGAUAGCUACGGCAUCCCGGCACCGCAGGGGUCUGAAAUUAACGAGCUGCGCGCCCUUGCCCGCCGCCAGUACACGUACUUCAAGUACGGCACCACCUCCCCGACCGAGACCCUCUUUGCCAAGGUCCGCGAGAAUGUCCAAAGCGGCUGGGAUUGGGUCGCCGGUCAGCUGCGCCUCGGCUCCGAUGCCGCCAAGAAGAAGGCCGAGGAGGCCGAGGCUGAGGGGAGGCGCAAGGCGGAGAAGCUGCAUAAAGAACUCUGA